AUGGGCUAUCACACAGCUAAUUUUGUUCCAACCCUUCGUCAUACCACCUAUCCGGCCAUUGCCGAAACAAACCCCGAAUUAUCAGCAGAUGGUAAAGUGGUUUUCAUUACAGGCGGUGGUCAAGGCAUUGGGCGCCAAAUUGCCAAGUCUUUCCUCACUGCUGGGGCCAAAGGCAUAUUCCUUGUUGGACGAAAUGAAUUGACCUUGCAAGAUGCAGUCAGCGAGCUGAACAAUUUGCAAGGGUCUACAGGUAACAAAACGACCUUUCACUAUGCCAAGACCGAUGUUACAGAUGCGGAUGCUGUUGCAUCUGCUUUCAAGCAGGCCAUUGAAGUAUUUGGUCAUAUCAACAUAUUGAUCCAGAAUUCUGGCUACCUUGAUGAUCACCGUUCUGUAUUAGACUCUGACCUCGAUGACUACUGGAAAACCUUUGAAGUUAAUGUCAAGGGAGGUCUCCAUGUCGUCAAACAAUUCCUAAAGCAGAGCAGAGGUGGCGACACUAUAAUUAACAUGAGCUCUGGAGCUGGACAUCUCCCCUACAUCCCAGGAUACUCAGCCUAUUCGGCGUCUAAACUUGGCUUUGCAAAGAUCAUGGAAUAUGUCCAACACGAGCAUCCUGAUCUGCGAGUCUUCAAUAUUCAACCUGGAGCUGUUGAGACUGCGAUGCAAGCCAAAAGUGGUAUUCCUGCCGUUGAUGAAAUUAGCCUUCCGGCAUCGUACUGUGUGUGGUUAGCUGGUUCUAAGGAUGCAGACAACCUGAAGGGCAGAUUCCUAUGGACAAAUUGGGAUGUCGAUGAACUGAUGGACCGUGUUGAUGAGAUUAAGGAGAAGAAUCUUUUGGUCCAUGGACUGAAUGGCUGGUAA